UCAAAAGUGGUAACUGGGACAAACUCUUCUCAGGUCUUCUAGUCACUUCUAAUUUUCCAGACACAAUCAGACACAUUCAAAUAAUUCAAAUGCCGGUAGUGUCCUAAUGACGUUUUGCGUUCGAGGAAGAAAUAAAUAUAUCUAUAUACAAACUUUCGUAGGUAAUUCUUUGUUCUGACUAGUACUGAUGGUCACAAAAGUAGAGCUUAGGGGCCCUGGUAAACGAUGGCACAUAAUAAAUCUAAUGGUUUAUUAACAAACAGUUCUAGCAAAGAAUUCGCACUGUAUGUGAAUAAUUUACCUGUUGAAUUAAGUGAGAUUGGAUUUAAACAAAUUUUUAAUCACUAUGGAAAAAUCAUUGGACAUCUUUACCGCCCAAAUACUACUUGGGCUUAUAUUACGUAUGGAAAGUAUAAUGAAGCUGAAGCUGCAAUUAAAGAUUUGAACAAUGUACCGCCAUUGCAUUUGAAAAUAUCAUUUGCCCAUGAAAAAGGAUCAAAUAAAAUGGAAUUUGUAAAACCACCUGUUUCUCAGGAUGUAGUGCAACAAGAGAGUUGUACUGUUCAAGAUAAACAUUUAAAUAAAUCUUCCAUUCAAACAAAAGAACAAGGCAGACCCUCAGAUAUGUUUAAAAAACUAGAAUCAAAAACAGGAUUUCCAACAUGCACUUACACACCAGAUGAUGAUUUAUUAUAUUCAUAUCCUUCUGAUUCAUACACGUACAAUCCAUAUGAAAAAGCAGAUCCAUUUGAUAGUACACACGCAUUAUGGACAAGAGGACAAUUAAUGAUUACACCAGAUUGCAAACGACAUGUCUCGCUCGGGCGAGGGUACACAAUGUAUGAAAUCCCAGACCCAAGUCCUGAAAUUCAAAAGCAAAUCUGUAAGGUGCAUGAACUGCGUACAACUGGCUUGUACGAAUAUGAUAAAGACAUGUUAGAAAAUUCUAUUGGAAAAUGUGAAACAUGUGGAAAUAUAACGAAAUUUACCUGCGAAAAAUGUCAUACUUUCUAUUGCAGUAGAAAGUGUCAAAAAGAUAAUUGGCCACAACAUAAAUACGUAUGUCAACCCAUUCCAGCACUAGUAUCGACCAUCAAUUCUACACAUCUAUCACAACCAAAUACUGAAGGAUAUAUACCUAUUAGAAGUAAGGGUAUUAUUCAAACACCUCUCCGCAGACCAAGAAAAUCUGUAGAUUCUGCAACAUCACUAAAUAAAAGUUUAAAUACAGUCUCGAAAGACCAAGAUACAACUGAUGUACAAGUAACAAUUUGUAAUGAUAGCUCGCAAAAUAGUGAGUCAAAAUGCUUUAAAACUACUGAUCAAUUUGACACAUAUCAGAAAAACAAAGCAAAAGAAAAAGUGCCGUUUCCUAUGUACAAUGAAACUAAUUUUCAAUCUAAGGGAACUGGUAUGACAAAUAUGUCAAACUUCAAACAUAAACAUAUUAUUCAUGGAAAAAAUUCCUCAUUUGAAAAGUCACAAGAAUCUCUUACAUGCUCCGAUAAAGUGGCAGAUGAUAAAAAAUCAGACAGUAUUAAAAAUUCUACGAAAAAACAACAAUAUGUAAGUGCUGAAGAUGUAAUGAAGAUAGAGGAAGAUAUAGCUUUCUCAAAACAUGCAUUUUUAUCAAAAUCAGGAUUUACAGAAGUACGAAUAAUUGUGAAUAUGGGUCGUGAAUGUUGGAUUCAAAAUGUAGAAAAUGACGAAAAGCUUAGGGAACUAAUGAGUACUUUACAAUCUGAAGCAGAUAAAGCGGAGAAAGUAGUACCAGUACUCGGAAAUAUGUAUGCUGUUAAAUAUGAAGAUUUAUGGCACAGAGGUUUAAUUAAACAAGUAAAACCUUUAAUAAUUCAUUACGUGGAUUACGGUAAUGAUGACUUCGAUAAAACAAAUGAUGUACGUAAACUUGGACAGUUCCAAAAUAUUCCACGAUUUGCUGCUACAGCUCGUUUAUCUGAAAAAGCAAGUCAAAAAUACAAACACCUCACAUAUGGGGAUAUAAUAUUUGUAAAAACGAUAUCCGUUGAUUCGAAUAACGUAAUUAAUGUUGAAGUUCAGGGUGAGAAUGAUGCGCCGAUACUAGAAGUAGAUCGAGUACCGAUGCCACAAGUAGAUCAAGCGCCGAUACCACAAGUAGAUCGAGCGCCAAUAUCACAAGUAGAUCGAGCGCCAAUAUCACAAGUAGAUCGAACACCUACAACACCAGUAUCAGACUUAAAAUAUUCAGUAAACAUAAUGCCUAUAGGAGAAAGAGGAGUUUUAGAAAUUCAUGCAGAAUUAAGUAACAAUACUUAUAGUGUUACGUUACUAUCGAAUAAUACAAUGUCCGAAUUUGAGGAACUUUUGAAUGAAUUGCCUGUAAUGUGUGAACAAAGAGCAACAAAUUCCGGUUACAAACCUGAAAUAGGAAAGCUAAUAUGCGGCCAAAGGCUCGAUGGUGAUUGGCUCAGAGGAUAUGUUUUAUCACUUGAAUCUCCUUUAAAAAUGGUUGUAAUAGAUGAAGCAAGAAUGAUGGAAAUUAAUAAGGUUGUGCCAUGUCCUGAUAACUUUUUGAAAAUUUGUACUUUUGGCGCUAAGUGUAAAAUAAUUAAUGCUGAAAAUAAGUUUGAUGCUUCUGGACAGUUCGAGUUUAAAGUGGUAACACGAAAUGGAGAAAAUGAAAUUGAAAUAGAAAUUUAUAGAAAUAACGAGGAAAAAUUGAAAGCUAUUGUAACGCCUUGGACACCAAUGCCUGAACAAAAAGGAAUACAGUAUGCUCAAUUGAAAAACGACUCCGAGGUUUGCCUGACUGCUUACUGCAAUCAUGCUUUUCUGUUUGCUCGGUCAUUAGUUACUGAAGAAGUGGAACGUUAUAAUCGUAUUAUGCAGAACGUAGCAAAAUGUGCCCAAACAGCUCCAUCAUUGAAAGAACCACCAGUUGUUGGACAAAUGGUAAUAGCUCAGUAUAUAGAUGAUAAUUAUUACCGAGCUAUUGUGACUGCAGUGGCAGAUGAUAAAGUUACGAUUUCAUAUAUUGAUUUUGGAAAUAGAGAAGUUACUAAUAUGAAGAAACUUAAAAUUCUAAACGACAAUUUAAAACAGCUUCAAUCUUGUACAAGUAAAAUAAUUUUGAAAGAUGUUCCUCAGGAUAAACCUAUGACGAAUGAAAUAAGUGAUUAUCUCAGUAAUUUAGUAGGAAGAGAAGUUCCUUUGAUAUGCACUUUUACUGGUAUACCGUCCAAAGAUGGUGUUUAUCUUAAAUCACACGAUGGAGACAAUAUUAAUAAGACCAUAUCUGAACUGCUUAUACCAACUUGGAAAAGAUCUGAUGAGAAAGAUCUAACAUGCUAUACGUUGAACGAUAUAGCUGUUGCUAGCUUGGGAAAAGUUGGCGAUGUCGUUAAUGUUGCUGUUGCACACGUUCUUGAAGCUGGUUACAAAUAUACAAUGUAUCCAUUAGAUUAUGACUUAAUUACUCAUAUCUCGGAUAUAAUGCCUAAAUCGAUGGCUAAAUAUUGUGAAUCAAACGAUCACUAUAUUCCCCGUGAGAACGAAUUGUGCCUCGCACUUUUCAACGGUGAAUGGUGUCGUGCUACUUGCUAUCGUCGUAGUGAAACUGCUUCGACGAGCACUGUUUUCUUUAUUGAUCAUGGAUGUAUUGAGAGCAUUAGUCAUAAAGACAUACGAUUAAUGCCGAAAGAUUUUAUGACCCCUAGUGCCCUUAUCAGUGUCUGCGACAUUGUUAAUUUAGCGCCGCUCGAUAGCCAAGGAAAAUAUUCUUCUAAAAUUGAAAAAAGGAUUUCAGAAUUAAUCGAUCUUAAUAUUCCUAUCGAAAUAAAGAUUGUUAAGUGUGAUGAAAAUGCUGGACUAUACGACAUAGAGUUGCCAUCGAUUCGAAAGAAACUUGUUGAAGAGGGUCUAUUGUAGUUAUAAUGAAGUAUUAAUGUUAUGAAACUAGGAACUAGGUUUUGUUUAAAAAGAAAAGAAAAAUCGAUAUUUUAAAAAACGUGUUUUUUAUACUUUGAAAAAUAUGAUAUUGUAAGUCUGAAAUUAUUUUCUGGAAGCAACUGAGACUAGUUCAUUUUCUUUUUUAAAUAUCGUUUUACUAUGUAUUUCUAUUCAAUUAUGUUUCGUUUUAUGUCUAUGGACGCUAGUUGCUUAUAACAUAAUUGAGAUACUAAAGAAAUAAUGUUAAUAUAAUGUUUAAAUCUUAUAUCUACAUACUACAGAUAAUAAAUAAGAUAUACGAAUCGUA